CAGAAGACGAGCAGCGACUCCGCCAGGCCCACGCUGACCACGCUCGCACUCUCCAGGAUGGUGUCCCGCAAGGCCCUGGCUGCUCUGCUGGUGGUUCACGUCGCCGCUCUGCUGGCCUCCCAGACGGAAGCUUUUGUUCCCAUCUUCACGCACAGCGAGCUCCAGAGGAUGCAGGAAAAGGAGCGGAACAAGGAGCAAAAGAAAUCGCUGGGCGAACAGCAGCGGUCUGAAGAGGUGGGUCCUCUGGACCCCGAGGAGCUCACCGAGGAGGAAGACAACCAAGUUAUCAAGCUCACUGCUCCCGUGGAAAUUGAAAUGAGGAUGAACUCCAGGCAGCUGGAAAAGUACCGGCCGCCGUGGAAGGGCUGCUGAGCGAGUGCUGCCCACCCAGAGCGCAGCCAAGUGACCGCCGCUCUGCUCCUGGGAGAACUGGCCGCUGAGAGCCUCCAUGGAGGGCUGCAUGGCCGGCGGCUGGGCUUGGGAGCAGGGCACCCGCUCCCCAGCAAAUCCCUCUGCAGCAAAUAAAGCAUGAAAUA